UUUUGUAGCUUGACAACAAAUCCUGGAUAAAUUAUAUUGUAGAAUAUAUGUUUUGGGCAGUCCAAAUUAAAGGGUUUCUCUGAGUCUUUGCUGUGAACAAGAAAAAUGGGGGAAAGGAAGCUGAACUUCAAAGAUAAACGAUGGUCACUCCAUGGAAUGACAGCUCUAGUCACAGGAGGAUCUCGAGGUAUUGGGUAUGCAAUAGUGGAAGAGUUAGCCGAAUUUGGGGCAGCAGUUCAUGUAUGUGCACGAAAUGAAGCAGAUAUUGAUAAGUGUGUGGAAGAGUGGAAAAACAAAGGAUUAAAUGUCACGGGAUCUGUUUGUGAUGUUUCAUCCCGUGAUCAACGUCAACAUUUAAUAGAAACUGUUUCUUCCAUCUUUCAUGGCAAACUCAACAUUCUAAUAAAUAAUGCUGGAACAACCAGGCCUAAACACGCCAUAGAUUAUACUUCUGAAGAUAUGACAAUUAUAAUGAGUACCAAUUUUGAAUCUGCUUACCAUUUGUGUCAACUUUCAUACCCACUUCUAAAAGCUUCUGGAUAUGGGAGCAUAGUAUUUAUGUCCUCCAUUGCUGGUUUGAAAGCUUUGCCUUAUUUUUCUAUUUAUGCAUCAACAAAAGGAGCCAUAAAUCAGCUCAGCAAGAACUUAGCAUUGGAAUGGGUGAAGGAUAAUAUUCGUGUAAAUGCUGUAGCACCAGGAAUUGUUCUGACCCAACUAUUGAAGGAUACAAUAAGAGGUGUUGAUGGUGACUGUGAGAAGGUUAUAAGUGCUAUAACGUCUCAAACUCCACUGCAACGUGUUGGAGAACCAAAAGAAAUAUCAUCAUUGGUUGCUUUUCUUUGUCUUCCAGCAGCUUCGUUUAUCACUGGACAAACUAUAGCUGCAGAUGGAGGCUUCACAAUUUAAGUUGUAUUAUCAUG